AUGCCACAGGUGCUCUCAGCGAAAGAGCAGGGUCUCUUUCGCACCGUGGUGCGGAAUUAUGAAGACAAACAGUAUAAGAAAGGUAUCAAAGCUGCCGAUCAAAUUCUCAAAAAGAAUCCCAAGCAUGGCGAUACGCUGGCGAUGAAGGCUCUCAUUAUGAACUCCCAGGGAAAGACAGACGAAGCAUUUGCGCUGGCGAAAGUGGCCCUUCAAUGCGAUAUGAAAUCGCAUGUUUGCUGGCAUGUGUAUGGAUUAUUGUAUAGGGCAGUCAAGAAUUUCGAAGAAGCGAUAAAGGCAUACAAGUUCGCGUUACGGCUGGAACCAGACUCGCAACAGAUACAACGGGAUCUAGCUUUGCUCCAAGUACAGAUGCGGGAUUACCAGGGUUAUUUGAACAGUCGUCGUGCAAUGUUGACCGCGAGACCUAGUGCCAGGCAGAGUUGGACGGCCUUAGCUGUCGCACACCAUCUGAAUGGGAACUUGUCCGAAGCCGAAGGUGUCCUGACAUCGUACGAGGAGACAUUGAAGAACCCUCCCUCGAAGACAGAUUUCGAAAACUCUGAGGCUGUUAUGUAUAAGAACUCCUUGAUUGCUGAGCAGGGCGAUUUCCAAAAAGCACUGGAUCACCUGGAGUCUGCCGGAAAGCAUACCUUGGAUAGGCUGGCAUACUACGAGCUUCGAGCUACAUAUCUCACAAAGCUUGGUCGGACAGAGGAGGCCACGAAAGCGUACCGGGCUUUAAUUGAUCGAAAUUCCGAAUACAAAAUGUACUACGACGGGCUGAUUGAAGCGAUGGGUAUAUCUGAAGAUAAGGCGGCCAAGAAACAGCUUUUCGACGAGUACGCGGAGAAAUACCCACGGUGUGAUGCUGCUCGACGGCUUCCUUUAGAUUUCUUAGAAGGUGACGAAUUCAAGGAAGCUGCUGAUCAGUAUAUCAACCGUAUGCUGGACAAAGGUGUUCCCUCAACAUUCGCGAACCUCAAACAUCUUUACUCCAGCUCUUUCAAGAAAGAUACAUUACCUGCACUUGUGCAGCAAUAUAUCGACAGUGGUAAGAGCGAAGCCAACGAUGAACCAAAGAGAAGUGGAGAUACUUCCAAAGGUGCCUCUGCAGCAUUCUACUUCCUUGCCCAGCAUUAUAACUACUAUCGCAGCCGCGACUUGGACAAGGCUAUGGAAUUUGUCGAGAAAGCUAUCGAGCUAGAACCCAACAGCGUCGACUUUCACAUGACUCAAGCGCGGAUAUGGAAGCAUUACGGAAACUCGCAAAAGGCUUCUGAGAUUAUGGAAAAAGCUCGGACUUUAGACACACGGGAUCGUCACAUCAACACCAAGGCAGCCAAAUAUCAAUUGCGAGACAACGAGGGAGAUGCUGCACUCAAGACCAUGGGGUUAUUUACCAGAGCUGAGACUGUUGGUGGCCCGCUCGCUGAUCUUCAUGAUAUGCAGUGCGUUUGGUACUUGACCGAAGACGGCGAGUCUUAUGCUCGCCAGGGUAAGAUUGGACUUGCCUUGAAGAGAUUCACCUCAAUAUACAACAUUUUCGAUGUGUGGCAAGAAGAUCAAUUCGACUUUCACAGCUUCUCUUUGCGAAAGGGCCAGAUAAGAGCAUAUAUUGACAUGAUGAGAUGGGAAGAUCAACUGAGGGAGCAUACCUUCUACUCCCGGGCUGCAUUAUCUGCUGUCGAUGUCUACCUAAAGCUUCAUGACAAGCCAUUGUCGAACGGUACGAAUGGAAACUCAGAUGCCAAUGGAGAUGAUGCCGCGGAAAGAAAAAAGGCUGCUAAGAAGGCCAGAAAAGAAGCUCAAAAGGCUGAGCGCGAGGCCAUAGCCAAGAAGAACGAGCCAAACAAGGCAACUAAAGAGGUGGAAGCCGAUCCAAAGAAAAAGGACGACGAUCCUGAUGGAGCAAAACUUGCUGCGACGACAGAACCAAUGAAUGAUGCUAUGAAGUUCCUUACACCUUUGCUACAAUUUAGCCCGAAGAGUAUUGAUGUACAAACUGCAGGAUUCGAAGUGUACAUGCGAAGAAAAAAGUAUGUCCUCGCGCUCAAGUGCUUGCUCGCCGCCGCAGCUCUAGACAAGGAACAUUCCAAGGUCCAUCAACAAAUCGUUCGUUUCAAAGUAGCUAUCGACAGCGAGUUUGAGUCUUCGGAAUCCAAGAUCUCUCCCAAGACGAAAGAGGUCAUCACAUCCGAGUUCAACCUCUUACCCGCCUCAACUUCGCUCACCAAGUUCAACGACGAUUACCUGGCCAGUCACAAAGAUUGCGCCCGAAGGACUCUAUCUGCACUUAGCGUACGAAAACUCAUAUCCCCUGACGCCGCCCCAACUUGCGAAAAAGACGUCGCAGCAGUCCUGAAGCUCUCAGCCAUCACCGUCGAAGAAGCACAGGAAGCGUUAACCCUCCUUCGAUCCUGGAAUAGCAGCGAAGUCGACGCAUUCAAAUCCAGCGCCGCCCAGAAAUGGCCUAAAGCCACAAUCUUCGAAUGA